GACUCCAAGAAAGUAACAGGAUAUUCAGGAGGAGGAGUCCUUAUUAAGUGCAAGUAUGAUACAGAAUACACAGAAAACCAAAAAUAUUUCUGUAAGGGUUCAGGGCCAUCCUGUUCUGACCAAAUAAAGACAGGAGCUAAAAACGAGUGGAUAAAUUCAGGAAGAUUCUCACUGUUUGAUGACCCCAAAUCAGCAGAGUUCAGUGUGAUGAUCAGAGAGCUCACUGUACAGGACUCUGGGACGUACCAGUGUGGAAUUGAUUUACCCAGUGUGAAAGACAUUUACACACCGGUGGAACUGAAGGUAAAGAAAGGGUCCUCGGUCUCUAGAGAAGUGAUUGCAUAUGCCGGGACAAGAAGCAACAUCAAGUGUAGCUAUGACCAUGAGUACAAAAAGAAACCUAAAGCUUUCUGUAAGAUGGGAACACACCAGUGGUGUUUUAAUCCAAUAAAAACAAAACUACACAGUGAAUGGUCACAUGAUGGCAGAUUCUCAAUUCAUGACAACAGAAGUGCUGGAUUCUUCAGUGUGUUUAUCAGAGAGCUGAUUACAGGGGACACUGGAACAUACGCGUGUGCUGUUGUUGUGUCUAAUGAAACGGAGUUCUACACUGUACUGACGCUGAACGUAACACAAGAUCUGUCCAAUGAGAAGUCCAUCAGUAAGACUGUCCAUGUAGGAGGAGAUUUGACUGUCAGUUGUAAAUACCCAGAAUCCCACAGGAAUGACAAUAAGUUUCUCUGCAAAAGGUCUGCACGUGCUGCUUGUUCUUAUAGUGCAACUGUUAAAGAAAGUAGAAAAUAUAUAAAUAAUGGGAAAUUCUCCCUGUAUGAUGACAGAGAAACACAAAUGUUCACUGUGAGUAUUAGAAAUGUAACUGAGCAGGACUCUGGUGAAUACUGGUGUGGAGCUGAAGCAGCCUGGACAUCUGAUCAUGGAUACAAGGUUUAUUUCACACAGAUCAACCUGACAGUUACUGGAUUUCCAGUCAUCACUGUGGUCAUUGUGUCUGUGAUUCUGCUGGCGCUUCUGGGUGGAAUCUCAUUCCUCAUUGUGACCCUUCGAAAGAGAUGCAAGCUGCAAGGCCAAGAAAGAAUUACAGAAAUUUCCAGAGCGACUAAUGGAGAUGAACAUGAACCAGACUUUGUCUAUGAGAGUGGGAACGCCAACAUCUACCAAUUAGAUCCAAUCUAUGAAAAUCUCGAUUAUUAAACUGACCAACCUGAUUCAGUCUACCAGAGUCUAAAAUCCCACUCUAGCCAGUGAACUUAAGGCUAAUACAUAGCCUCUCUAUUACACUGUACUCGACUGGUCUUGAUCCAAAAGCCAAUAAGAUUCAUUGCUAGGUUAUAUUUGGAACAUUUUAUUAUGAAAAUCACCCAAAUGUGCUUCCUCUGUGAUGAAGAAAAAAUGGCAAUCCAUCAAAAAUUUGCUCAGCAGUAUAGACUUGUGCUAAAGAGUGUAGUACUUUUUUUUAGACAGUAAAAGUAUCCAAGAUCUGCUACUUACACUUAAAGUCCAUCUGAGUGGCAUUGCAGACAACCAACCACCGACCUGCAAACAGCACCAUCUGCAAACAUGGAGAUCUUCUUUAAAUAGUGGUGUAAACUGUUUUUGUUUUUUUUCCAAACCAGUGAAUAGAUCUUCAAAAAGGCUGUUGUUUAAGAGAGCUCAGGUGCACCAGAGCAGGGUUAGAGAUUGUUUCAGCUCAAUAGUUAUGCUCAGCAAUUACCAGUGAACAUUUAUUAUUAUUUUUUAUUUUUUAUUUUUACUGAACAUCAGUGAUUUCCUAGUUUUAUCAUGUAAUUACAUAUAUUAAUUAUUAAUUUUUAUGUAAUCCUUUUCCAUAUUAAUGUGCUGAUGAUGCAGUUGCCUCCAUAUGUUUUUAGAUCACUGGGGGGAGAAAGCUUAGCAACAAUUGUUUAAAACUGAUUUACUGAUUUACAUCUAUAUGCAUUUAAAGCUUCAAUAAAAUUCACCUCCACCCCUCCAUCUCAAGUUUUGUAGCUGCCUGUAUCUGUUUUCCAUCUGUUCAUCCAUCCAUUUUCUAUACCGCUUAUCCUUUUCAGGGUCACGGGGAACCUGGAGCCUAUCCCAGGGAGCAUCGGGCACAAGGCGGGGUACACCCUGGACAGGGUGCCAAUCCAUCGCAGG